AUGAAAGUUACGAUCGUUUUAAUCUGUUUUUUGUUGGCAACGGCAAGUCCCACUGGAGAGCGGAGUGCUAAGUUCAGCCACUCCCUACCCAGUCACGCUAGGUAUCUGACGCAUCUGACAACAGCCAGUGAUUUCCUGUUUCCUACAAUAUUUACUGUUUGUGGAAGUCUUUUGGCAUUGUCACUGGUAGCAGUACACACAAAAAGUUAUGUUUGGCUUCGAAAUGACAAAGUUGAGAAGAAUGGCGCCCGUUUGGAUUUCUCACCUGGUCCCGUUAUCCCUCUUUACGUCCAUCGUGUCACGCAAGAAAGAAUGCAAUCAGCCGCUAAACGCCCUGUCACACAAGUCAAUAGGCUCCCAGCGAGCUCAGCGAGCACUGUUAAGGAGGCUACUGAAGGUGACGGUCGUGAACUGAGGAAGAAACGGCGACAAAUGCUGCGCGAGAAAAGAAAAGAGAGACGUGCAAAGGGACCGCUCAUUGAUCCCGAGGUACUGAAAAGAAUCAACCAGGAGUGGCAGUUGAUUUACGGGUUCACAAACAGAGAUCUAUUCCACAUUGAAAACGAGUUAGAAAAUACGGUUGCCAAGAUUCGCUCUGUUUAUUCUAAGAAAGACAAGGCUAUCAAAUUUGACGAUUCCGUUCACGUUAUGUUUGUCGAGAAAGAAAACAAAGGACGUCGGGUGAAGAGAUCGCGAAAAAUGGAAAAACAUGCCACGAAAUGUGACACAGAAUCUCAUUCAGCAGCUUAUAUUCAGUUUAUUGUUUGAGGACUGCA